AUGUUGAUUAUUUCUAACAGUACUAUAUCUCCUCCAUCUUCUGCAAGUCCUCUUCCAACAUGUGAAGCUAGCACUUCCAACCUUGUUACAUGUGCACCUGUGACCUCUCCAAUUGAAGUUGUGCCUGUCAACUCCCCAUCAGACUGUCCUUCUUCACCUACGGAUAUAGCUUCCCCUUCAGACUGUCCUACACCUACAUAUAUAGCUAUCGAUAUAGCUGCUGUUGAGAUUGCCAUUUCUGCACCAUCCUUACCCGAGACUGAUGAGUCUCUUCUCACCUUGCCGCCAGUGCUAUUUCACUCCCCUUUCCCUCAUAUUGUCACCCGGUCUAAAACUGGCAGUCUUAAGUCAAAAGAGUUUCCAGACUAUCACCUUUACUACUCUACUCGACAUCCUCUUAAAGCUAUGACUGUCACCUCUCUCCCGAGUGAGCCCAUUCACUUUGCCAAAGCAUGUUCUGAUUCUAACUGGAUGGCUGCCAUGGAAAGUGAAUAUCAAGCUCUUCUAGAUAACAAAACUUGGUUCCUCUGUCCAAGACCGAGCAAUAGGAAUGUUAUUCAUAACAAGUGGGUAUUCAAGCUCAAGCAGAAACCGGAUGGCUCUAUAGAAAGUAUAACUGGCCCAUCAAACAACUUGAUGUUUCCAAUGCUUUUUUGCAUGGAUAUUUCACUGAAGAGGUCUCUAUGGAACAGCCCCAAGGAUUUGUUGACAAGAAUCAACCUGAUGCUGUAUGUCGUCUACAAAAGGCUUUGUAUGGCCUUAAGCAAGCUCCAAGAGCCUAGUUUCAUCGUCUCACACAAGCUCUCCUUGACCUUGGUUUUGUUGGAUCUCUAGUAGAUACUUCUUUGUUUAUUUUACAUAAACCUCCAGUCCAUAUAUUUAUUCUCAUAUAUGUGGAUGAUAUUAUUAUCACUGGCACUCAUUUGUCCACCAUUAAUGCACUUAU